ACGACGAGAGGAAGUACAAGACGUUGAUUCGACAGUGCGAGAAGGAGAUCCUGACCGCCGCUGACGUCAUCUGCUGCACCUGUGUGGGCGCCGGCGAUCCGCGUCUCAGCAAGCUGAAGUUCCGCACAGUGCUUAUCGACGAAGCGACUCAGGCCGCGGAGCCCGGUAAGUAUUUCCGCUCUCAUUGGCUGCGGCGAAAGAGGUGCUAAUUCCGCAUCCAUGCAGAAUGUAUGAUUCCUCUGGUUCUCGGGUGCAAGCAGGUCGUCCUGGUCGGUGAUCACCAGCAACUGGGUCCGGUCAUCAUGAACAAGAAAGCGGCCCGCGCGGGACUCACGCAGUCACUCUUCGAACGUCUGGUCGUCCUGGGCAAUCGGCCGAUCCGUCUGCAAGUGCAAUACCGCAUGCACCCUUGCUUGUCGGAGUUCCCGUCAAAUAUGUUCUACGAAGGGACGCUGCAGAACGGAGUUACGGCUCCGGAGCGUCUGAGAAAAAAUGUUGACUUUCCGUGGCCCGUUCCUGACACGCCGAUGUUCUUCUAUCAGAACCUGGGCCAAGAGGAGAUCUCGUCUAGUGGAACCUCUUUCCUGAAUAGGACCGAAGCGUCGAACGUCGAGAAGAUCGUUACAAAGUUCUUCAAGUCCGGCGUCGUCCCCAGUCAAAUCGGAGUUGUAACUCCGUAUGAGGGUCAACGCUCGUACAUUGUCAACUACAUGCAGUUCAACGGGUCUUUGAAGAAGGAUCUGUACAAGGAGAUCGAAGUCGCCAGCGUUGACGCCUUCCAAGGACGGGAGAAGGAUUACAUCAUCCUCAGUUGCGUCCGAAGCAAUGAGCACCAGGGCAUCGGUUUCCUCAACGACCCACGACGUCUCAACGUCGCCCUCACCCGCGCUAAAUAUGGUGUCGUCAUUCUCGGUAAUCCGAAGGUUCUGAGCAAGCAUCCGCUCUGGCACUAUCUGCUGACGCACUACAAGGAGAAGAAUUGCCUCGUCGAAGGACCUUUGAGUAACUUGCAGCCCAGCAUGAUUCAAUUCAGCAAGCCACGGCGCACACUUUCGAAGGCCAUGGACCAGUUCCGCAGACACGAGACUAGUGCUCGUGACUAUCUGGGUAAUGGCUUAACUGGUGACGGUCGCCGAUCCGGCACCCCGAGCCGCUUUGACGCUAGCUUCUACCGUACACAUGACGCCCUGGGUUACAUACCGUCGGACGUGCAAUCUCUGCGCUCCCAGGCCACAUAUUCGUCAGGAUUGCCCAUGUUUGCCGCCAGUGGUGCCUUCGGCCCGGGCGUGCAGCGUCCAAAUGGCGCAAAGCGGAGCACCUACGGGAGCUACGCCAGUUCUAUCAUCUCGCAGGACGUUGGGACGGGAGGUACCGACACCGCGAGCGUCAUUGGCAGCGCCAUCGGGCCCUCAGACCGCUCGGCGAGCAGCAUGGCUUAUUCGCAGUCUGACAGACUCCGGCGCCGCUCGUCGUUCUCAUCGACCACAGGAGCCUCCGACAUGGGCAGUCUGUCUCAGUACGACUAUAAGAGCCAGGACGACGGCACUGACAUGGACGACAUGAAGUCGCAGUACACCGGGACUCAAUCUGGCGUCACCGUCUUCUAAUACCUCGGCGAGAUACAGGCGUAUCGCCUUCGAUCGUGGCCGACUGGCCGUCGCUUGUCGUGUUGCCUUGAACGCCCUUCGCCGUUGCUUCGUCUUGCUAUUAUCCCCGU